UAGUAUCAACCUUACUCCAACACAACCACGAAAUUCAUAGAAUCUUUAAGGUGUCUUCAACGUCUACCAAUCUGAUACUACUGUCCUUACCCCACAAAUAAACUAUCUUGUCAGGAUCGGGUGCUCAGGAUGAAAGAUAGUGACUCGCGUCCUCAUACAGGACCCAAAAGCCUUUCAAAGUAUACGGCGGGUUGGAGAAGAAUCGUCAGCAACUUCAGUCCAUCAUGGUUUUCCACGACAAUGGGGACAGGCAUGGCCGGAAUAUUGUUCCAUCUGAUCCCUUUCGAGCAUACAGCGCUACAUUACCUAGCCAUAGCCUUUUUUGUGCUGAAUGCGUUGUUGUUUCUCACCGUGCUCGGCAUGUCAAUUCUCCGCUAUACUCUCUACCCUGAAAUUUGGAGGGUCAUGAUACAAGAUCCAGUUAACUCGUUAUUUCUGGCAACUUGUCCCAUGGGGUUUGCCACCCUGAUCGAAUUGUGGGUGUUUAUUUGCGUUCCGCAGUGGGGAGACUGGGCGAAGACAACGGCCUGGGGAUUAUGGAUCAUCGAUGCGGUCGCAGCGGCAGCCGUCACAGCGUCCCUUUCAUUUAUUCUUAUAUCGCAACAUUACGUCACAUCAUUGGAGCGGAUCACCGCGCUGCAAUUGUUGCCGAUCGCUGCCACAAUCGUCGCGUCCGGGGUUGGGGCCGAGAUCGCAGAUAUUUUGCCUAACGCACAGCACGCUAUGGGAACGGUGAUCGUGUCCUACGUGCUGUGGGGCAUGUCUACACCAAUGGCCAUGAUGAUCCUGGUGAUCUAUUACCAACGUUUGGCGGUCCACAAGCUUCCAUCAAGGGAAACCAUCGUUAGUUGCUUUCUUCCACUAGGGCCUCUCGGGUUUGGGGGAUUCAGUAUCCUCUACCUGGGUAAGGUGGCUCGACAGCUCCUCGGUGAAUCCAACGCCAUCGAUCCACUUGUCGGGCACAUCGCAUACGUUUUCGGUCUCUUGCUGUCUCUGUUGAUGUGGUCUUUCGGGCUGAUUUGGCUCGUUUUCGCGCUGGCUACCAUCUACUACCGAUCACCGUUUCCUUUCAACAUGGGCUGGUGGGGAUUCACAUUUCCGCUUGGAGUAUAUGCGGCCAAUACGAUCCUGCUGGGGAAGGAAAUGAAUUUAAUGUUUUUUAAGGUUUGCGGGACGAUACUCAGCGGCGCGAUGAUAUUAUUGUGGCUGGUGGUUGCCACCCGUACCCUGCACGGGGCAUGGCGUGGCGUUUUAUUCCAUGCGCCGUGCCUACAAAACUUGAAGGAAAAGCUCGAAGAUAGCCAGGAUGACGCGACGAAUGAUGAAGCAUAGGCUAAGCGCCCCAGAACCUUGUUCUGGCUAAGACCCUGAUUUUGGCCGAUUCAUCCAAAUGCUCAUCACAUGGUAUACGAGCUAUGCCAGGGGUUCACCAAUCAUAUCGGGUGUUUGAGGAUUGGAUUCCGGCUAGUAUGCAGUAUCGGUACGAGGGACCAAUCCGCAGCAGAUAGCGACGCCGCUCCCCUUUCAAAAUCAUCCCGG